AAAAUUUCUUGGAUAUAUAAACCAUAAAAAAAUCCAGGCCACUAACAGGAACUGUGAAGUGACUGCUGAUGUGAGGCAUGAUGGGUCUGAACCACUUGUGGAUGUUCUGUUUGCUGAUGGAGAGCGAUUGAUAAUGAAAGGAGCCAACUUGACGACAAUAGAAAUGUUAACAGCAUUGGGGACCAGAUGUAAUGCAAAAGAGCUCAAGGAAGAACAGAGAAGCAAGAAGAAGAGCUAA